UUAACGAUGGAUACGGCCGACGUGUGCCGCGGGGAGCAAUCAACGCCAGGAUGGGUGCGCCUCGCUCAAAGAAACUUGGCGCGCGUCCGUGUCGGCGAUCGGCUUCCCGAUUCGAUCGUGAGGCGUCUCGACGAUGACGGCAUCGUGAAGGAGUUUUCGAUCAGAGACGUCUUCGCCGGAAAGAAAGGAGUUCUAGUAGGCGUUCCGGGGGCGUUCACGCCCACCUGUUCGGCCGUCCAUCUCCCCGAGUUCGUGGACAAGUCGGGAGUGCUCGCCGCGAAGGGUGCCGAGCUCGUGGCGUUCAUUUCCGUGAACGAUGCGUACGUGAUGAAGGCGUGGGAGGACAGCCAGCAGGCUAAGGACAAGGUGCUCAUGCUCGCGGACGGCAACGGCGACCUCUCUGCUGCGCUGGGCAUGAUGGUAGACCUCUCGGCGCAGGGCAUGGGCCCCCGGUGCAAGCGCUUCCUCUGCGUGGUCGAGGACGGAGUGGUGACGCACACCCGGAUGGGCGACACGGUGGAGCUGGUCUCGGCCAGCGCGGUGGAGAAGGUGCUGUCCGGCACGGACGGGGGAGAGCGGGGACCCCGCAAGGGCGGUCUGUUCGAGAAGCUGCUGGGGAGGGAGGUCGAGGCGAGGGCAGCCGAGGCGGGGGCUUCGGGGAGCGGAGGCCUGCUACCGGCGUAAGGCUUGGGUGCUGCACCGCGGUA